UGUGCUUGUAAAUGAGACAAUUGAAUGUCGAGGUUAGAGCUUAUGCCAAACAGCCUCAAAAAUUAACAUUCAAAAAAACUUAUCCGAAUUCAUCAGGAGAAUUUUAGAAAUAUUUGAUAAAUAUCUAGUUUGUAUCAUAGUUUAUCAUUGUUUUAAACGCUGCAAUAAAUUUUCAUGGAGUACCAACAAUGCAGCGCUCCGGAAGUGAGUAACGAAAAUGUGACUUGGCAGCCCUGCCUUCUCGGUUCUUCUUUCUAAAAACAAAAUGGACGCCUUCUGCUGAGCUUGGAAUCCGCAUGAGGGAAACGUUAUAUUAAAAGGAAAAGUUUUAACUGUGUUUUUGCAAAUAAUCAUCUUUUGAAGAUGAUGAACGCUUUUCCGGGGUCGUUCGCAUUCGACGAAUAUGGUAAACCGUUCAUAAUUUUACGUGACCAAGGCCAACAAAGGCGGCUCACCGGCAACGAUGCAAUCAAGUCGCAUAUUCUCGCUGCCAGCAGCAUUUCCAAUACUCUCAAGACCUCGUUGGGUCCAAAAGGUUUGGACAAGCUCAUGGUGAGCUCAGAUGGUGAUGUCACUGUGACAAACGAUGGUGCCACAAUCCUGAAAAACAUGGAUGUUGACCAUGAGAUCGCGAAACUGAUGGUUCAAUUGUCUCAGUCUCAAGACGAUGAGAUUGGUGAUGGCACCACCGGAGUUGUUGUAUUAGCUGGUGCUCUUAUGGAACAAGCCCAAAUAUUACUGGACAAGGGAAUUCAUCCCAUCAGAAUUGCAGAUGGAUUCGAAUUGGCUGCACGAUGUGCCACGAAACAUCUCGUCACAAUUUCCGAAAGUUUCCCAGUCAAUCCCAACGAUCUGGAACCUUUGAUCAAAACAGCGAUGACCACUCUUGGAUCGAAAAUCAUAAACAAGUGUCAUCGACAAAUGGCACAAAUUGCAGUGAAUGCUGUGAUGGCAGUUGCUGAUUUGGAAAAACGAGAUGUAAACUUUGAACUCAUCAAGGUUGAAGGCAAAGUUGGUGGCCGACUUGAAGAUACCGUGCUGGUUCGCGGAGUCGUUAUUGACAAAGUUUUCAGUCAUCCUCAAAUGCCAACGAGCUUGGAAAAUGUAAAAUUGGCAAUCCUAACUUGUCCAUUUGAACCACCGAAGCCAAAAACAAAGCAUAAGCUCGAUGUCACUUCCGUUGAAGAUUACAGGGCACUGCGUAGCUAUGAAAAGGAGAAAUUUGAAGAGAUCGUAAAUAAAGUAAAGGAUGCUGGAGCGACUCUUGCGAUUUGUCAGUGGGGCUUUGAUGAUGAGGCGAAUCAUCUUCUUCUCCAGAAGCAAUUGCCUGCGGUCAGAUGGGUCGGAGGCCCCGAAAUAGAGUUGAUUGCUAUUGCCACUGGUGGUCGAAUCGUUCCACGAUUUGAGGAACUGACGCCGGAGAAACUUGGAUUUGCUGGAGUUGUGAGAACCUUGUCGUUUGGUACCACAAAGGACAAAAUGCUUGUCAUUGAAGACUGCAAAAACUCGCGAGCAGUCACGAUCUUCAUCCGAGGUGGAAACAAAAUGAUCAUCGAGGAAGCGAAGCGAUCCUUGCACGACGCUUUGUGCGCAGUGCGCAAUUUGGUAACCGAUGAGAGAAUCGUUUACGGUGGAGGUGCCUCUGAAAUUUCCUGCGCUUUGGCAUGCGCCGCUGCAGCCGACAAAAUUAGCACUCUGGAGCAAUACGCUUUUCGUGCCUUUUCCGAAGCCCUGGAAGCAAUUCCAAUGGCCCUUGCUGAAAAUUCGGGAAUGUCGCCUGUAAACUCGCUGGCUGAAAUCAAGGCUAGACAGAUUUCGGAAAAUAAUCCAGCUUUGGGCAUUGACUGCAUGAACCGGGGAACUUCAGACAUGAAAGUACAAAAUGUGAUCGAGUCCCUGAAGAGUAAAAGCCAGCAAAUUUUACUCGCAACGCAGCUGGUGAAAAUGAUUUUGAAAAUCGACGAUAUUCGUUCUAGUGGUGAAUCUGUUGAAUAAAUUAAUAUUUAUCAAAUUUUCGGUGCGCACGAAAGUAUUGGUAAGAUAAUUACGCUUUACAUUAAUUUGCUUCAUUCGUUUUGUAAGUUUUGUUACUCAAAAACUAUUCCUCAUCUCGUCCGCGCGUCUCUGCAUAUUUUAUAAUAACUGAAAAAAAAUGUUUACUUAUAUUACGAUAAUAAAACGACGAAAAAAUCGUA